CUGCUAGUUUUGGCUAACGCAGGAAAAUAAGUAAAUUUUUUGGGAAAAAUAUAAUAUUUUUCCCUGCAAUGGCAAUAUUAUGUUUUCCCAACUUGUCUAUGGCUUGACUUAGGUAAGAAUUCUGGUUUUGUAACUGAUACAUGUACUUUGUAUUAAAUGCUCAAAAUACCAUGCUCCCCCAACCUACCUUGUAAGUUCAAUAUGUACAUACCCAUAUAUUUAUGAAUAUUUAAUGUUUGCUUUCCUAGCUAAUUUUCUCUAGUAAUGGAACUUUAUUGUACAAAUAGUUGAUCUGUAAAUAAAUUUUCUUACUAUACCUCAAUCCCCCUCGCCAACAAGUUGGAAAUCAUGAAAUCCAACAAAACCAUCCAACUCUUUAUCAAAAUUGGAUUUCUUCCAUUGGCAAAAGAUAAAGAUGGUCAACCUAAAGUAAAUUUAUCAAACAAGAUGUAUCUUCUCAUCAAUCUGUUCCGCAUCUUGCCUUUAACUGUCUACCUCUACUUAAGUAUUAGCGACCUUCUAAGUGAAGACCUUAACAUGAAGUCUGUGAUUUCAUCCUCAUUCAAGGCAGUGGGAUAUAUAGGCGGAUCUGGUUUGGCAGUUAUCCUUGCUUUAACUGGACAACGCUUAGGACCAGAUGCCUUGAUGGGUAUAAGUGAACCAUGUUGCUGGAAAAAUUUUAUACUGAUUGGAAUUGUUAUGUCACUCUAUGUUUUUGGAAAUCUUAUGAUGGAGGUGCCAUUAUUCCUAAAACAGAGCACUCUUGUGGAACUGUUAUCUUUCACUUUUGCACUUAUUUCCAUCACUUUGUUAGUAAUUUUGGACUAUGGGGUUCUGAUGGUAACUAGUUUUCUAUGGGUCAAAGAUUUAAAAACUAAGCUGAAUAUUCUGAUCCAUGCAACCAUUGUAUCUGCUGAGACAUUUGAAGAAAUUCUGCUUGAUUUUGAAAGGUUAAGACAUUCUAUGAAAAUUCUAACAACCUUUUUUUUCCCCUUCACCCAAGCAUUGGCAAUCACCUCAUCAUAUCUGGGAUUUGUUGCAGAAGAUGUAUAUAGCUAUGGCAGUCUUCUACCUACAUUAGGAAUCGUCAUUAGUUUGAACACUGUUGUUAAUGUCCUUGAGGAUCUUUAUGAUCUAAUGGAGGAAGCUGCUGACAAGGCAGAGAAACAAGGUCUUCAAUCAACAACUCUCCGAGAAAUGCAAAGGUUUAUUACUGUGGCCGCCAAGAUUAAGAGAGUUGGAACUUUCACAGGCUUUGGAUUCUUCUCCAUUCAACGUGACACUUUGACUGCUAUGCUAUCAACCACCAUUACCUAUAUCAUUAUCCUGUUCCAAUCUAUUAAAACUUAAAGUUUACAAUAAAUUAUUGACGCAUGA